AUGGAGCUGAUGGAGCUUUCCACAGAGCUCAGAAUACUGAUCUACGAAUUUCUCCUCGUCUCCGAUGAACCACUCCGUAUCGGGCUGAAUCGGACUCCCUGGCCACCGGAACUGACCUCUGGCAUCUGCUGUCCUGGAGGAAAACUCCGUCCCAUGCCAGCAUAUCCUAUCGGCUGCCUUUUCGGCGAUAAGCCUGACGUGUGCGGUAUCAUUCUACGCGUCUGCAAGACGAUCUACCUGGAGGCAAGCCCAUUGCUGUACACGCAGAACAUAUUCCACUUUUCCAGCUCCACGACAUCCUGCGAACUUCUCGGGCCGUUUCUUGAACGCAUCAGCUCCCAAGCCAGACUUCUCCGCCACAUCAUCGUUGAAAUCUCUGGCCAUUCGGACCGACAAAGCUGGUCAUACGUCGAAACUAGCUUUUGGACCUUUGCGAGACUUGUCGAAGUAAGCCCGGCAGUCGAGACCGUAUGCCUAAGAAUUGAUCCCAUCUGGCUGCUAGGACUGCAUUUCUCAACUCGGGGCAUUAAGGUCUUUCGGAGAAUUAACGACAUUUUGAGGCGAUCUGGGAAUAUAAAAACCAUUGCACUAGAGUCUAAUUCCUCUGAAAUCGGCGGGGCUCAAGCGAGCUACAACCUUGUAGACCUGAUGCAACCGGAUUUCAGAGCCGAAAUCUUUGAUCUCGGGUGGAAAAUCAUUAGUUGA